AUUCUGUAGUAAGCUUGUCAUUGGCAAAGCUGCCUGCAGCUGGGAACCACACGCUGUAAGACUCUGAGAGCCACUCCUGCCUCUGCAGCAAACAUGAACCUGAAAACAGUUCUCAUCCUCCUGGUGCUGGCUCUCGCUACCAUUUUAGCUUUAGUUUGUGUGCUGCUGACUCGAAGAGAGAAACCAACCAGCUGUGAGUCCCAAACCCAGAGUGGCCAGGAGGACAAGUCCAGGGACCACAGCCUGGUGUUUGCUGAUCUAACUCCAGAAGAAAUGGUGCAAGUGGUGAGGUAUCUGCGGGAAAACCUUGGAGUACCGCUGGUAGAUGCCUCUCAAGCAAAGCCCUCAGACAAUUGCAUUUACUACAUCGACGUGCAGCUCCCCACCAAGGCAGAGGUACUGCAAUUUUUGGAUCGAGGAGGAGUUCUCCCCCCACGGCAGGCACUGGCUGUAGUGUAUUUUGGAAACCAACCAGACCCGAACAUCACAGAGUAUGUGGUGGGACCCCUGCCCAGUCCGAAGACUCAUCGGGACUUCACAAUGCAGAAGUAUGGAGGGAAACUCCCAUUCCACCGCAGGCCAGUGACUGAGAAGGAAUACAAGGACAUUGAUUCCUUCAUCUCUGAGGAGUUCUCCAAAGCAGAAAGCUUUCUUCGAUACUGCUGCGAUUAUGACGGGACCAACUUUGCCGCCCUCACCACCGCCCCCCGAGGGUUCCAGUCUGGAGACCGUGCGACUUGGUUUGUUCUGUUCCAGGAUGUGUAUGGUAGUGGCUUGUACGUGCACCCGGUGGGGCUGGAGGUACUGGUGAACCACAGCAGCCUGGACAUGUCCCAGUGGAGGGUGAGCAAAGUGUUCUAUAACGGGCAGUACUAUGGGGACAUGGCCCAGCUGCAGAGGGAGUUCGAGCAGGGCCACGUGAGUGUUGUAAAGGUUAGAAAGGUUUCCCCUGAGGAGGAGUUUGGGUCCAUGAAGCCCAGAGCAGGCCCUGGAGCACCAGGCCCUUUUCAAUAUGAGCCUCGCGGGCCACGCUACAGCAUCCAAGGUAACCACGUUGUAUUCCAAGCCUGGAGCUUUGCCUUUGGUGUGGAUGUGAAUGCAGGGCCACGACUGUUCGACAUCAGGUUCAAAGGAGACAGGAUUGUCUAUGAGCUGAGUCUCCAGGAAGCCCUUGCACUCUAUGGCUCCAACUGUCCUGGGGGGAUGGUGACUAGGUACAUGGACGGCAGUUUUGGUAUUGGGAAGUUUACUUAUGAGCUGGUCCGGGGAGUUGAUUGCCCCUACACAGCCACUUAUUUGGAUAGGCACUACUUAAUUGAAUCAGAGACCCCCAGAGCCAAUAAAAACUCCCUAUGUAUUUUUGAGCACGAUACUGCCAUUCCUCUGAGACGCCAUUACUCCAAUUUCCAGUCCCUGUAUUAUGGGGGGCUGACUAAAGCGGCUUUGGUCUUCAGGUCCAUUUCAACGCUCAUAAACUACGACUACACUUGGGACUUUAUCUUCUACCAGAAUGGAGCAAUUGAAGUCAAAGUCCACGCCACUGGCUACAUCAGCUCGUCCUUUCUCUACGACACAGGCAUAGACUAUGGUAACCAAGUGGGGGAGCGUACCCUUGGCACAAUGCACAACCAUCUCAUAAAUUACAAAGUGGACUUGGAUGUUGCAGGGCUUAAGAAUUCUCUGGUGGCCCAGGAUAUGGUAUUUGAGUUGGUGCAGGCUCCCUGGAGCCCCCAACACCAGAUACAGCGUCCACGGCUCACCAAGAAAGUCUUAGAGAAAGAGAACCAGGCUGCAUUCCCACUUCACUCCAACAUCCCCAGAUAUCUCCAUUUUGCCAGCAACCAAGAAAACAGGUGGAACCACCAGCGGAGCUAUCGGAUUCAGUUGGUUAGCUUUGCCGGGGACCAUCUGCCAGAAGUGAGCUCCAUGGAAAGGUCUAUCAGCUGGGCAAGGUACAAACUGGCUGUCACCAAGCGGAAGGAAGACGAGCCAAGAAGCACCAGCAUCUACAACCAGAAUGACCCUUGGAAGCCCACUGUGGCUUUUGCAGAUUUUGUGGACAAUGAAACCAUCACAAAUGAGGAUCUGGUUGCCUGGGUUUCUGUUGGUUUCCUGCAUGUCCCACAUGCUGAGGAUAUCCCCAACACAGUGACCGUGGGGAAUGGAGUUGGCUUUCUUCUGAGACCCUACAACUAUUUUGAUGAAGAUCCCUCACGUGACUCAUCUGACAGUGUCUACUUCAGGGCUGACCAGGACCCAAGCAAGUGUGAAGUCAAUCAUGUGGCCUGUCUGUCAAAAACUGCCUCAUGUUCACCAGCCCUGCCCCCGUUCACCUAUAGCGGCUUCCAGAACCUGAGCAGUGUCUGAGCCACAGUCUGCAGGGACUCCCUUGAUGCACACUGGUGACUGUUCACAAGGCAUCUGUGCUCAUGUUUCCAUUGUAAGCAGCAUAAGGGCAUGUAAUAACCCUUGGGUUCACUGAUGCCUGUUGAUUUGUAUGAGGUUUAUACUUAGCAGAUGAAGUAUACAGCUUGCAAAAGCUUCAAUGAGAGAGGGUUUAUGCAUACUCUUUCUCUCUUUCCCCCCCACUGUUUCUCAAAGAUAAAUUGGCUUAUUUUGUUGCUCGACUGAAAUCAAUUAGAGCAGAGGUGUCAAAAAUAUCUGGCCCUGUGGGCCCUAUGAGGGUCACUGGGCCAGUCUGUGGGCUGGAUCGGGACCAUGCACUGGAGCUAACACUCAGGUCAGUCGAGCAUUGGCACCUCAUGCAGCGUGCUGGCACCAGGUCCAGCCCAUGCACCAGACUGGUUCUGCAAGCCACAUGCAGCGCAUAAAAUCAAUCCAAGACUCACAGGCUGGAUUGUAGGGGUCCACCAUCUGGAUCCAGCCUAUGGGCUGUAUGUUUGACACCCCAAAUUACAGUAGCUUUCUCAUAAGCAAAGCCCUGAGAACAUGCUGUAAAGAGCCAUUCCCUGUUAGCUAGGCCUGGACAAGCUGGGGUCCCUCAAUGUGUUUUCUUGCUCAGAAAUUUUCCUGCAAUCCCCGGUUUCCUAAGCACACGAAAGGUCAGACUUUCAAAGGAGUUCAGAUCCCAUUUUGACACUUACACAAACUGCUCAGCUUAAGUGGGGGCUGAAUUUUCUCUGAAAAUCCAGUGGGGAGAGAGCAGCUUGGCCAAGUGACCAUGUAUAAAGGGCAGCAUGGUACUUCUGAGCAUACUGUGCUUUGGAGGAGAACUCAUCCCCAUAGAAUGCAGCCACAAAACUGUCCAAGGGGCCAGUGACUAUCCUCUUAAAGGACUGGAGGAGCACAAUGGCACAGUGCAUGCUGGAACCUGUCAGCUCCACAGGAUAUGCCUCUGUAGUGAUCAAGAAAAAGGAUAAUCCACUAUAUGCAGCAUAGCAAGCCCUCCCCUGCCCCUGGUUGCUGCCUGUGUUUGUUCUGAAUUUGACAUUUCCCUGGCCUUCCUCUCAGAUUGAGCUCUCGGUUCCACAGCUUCCAGCCACAUUAAGACCCAUCACAGGAUCACAGUCUAUUAAAAGUGUGCAGAGGAAGCUGUUCAGUCUCACUAGGUAGAGCUUGAUGCAGCCUUCACUAGCGGGAUUUACAGGCCCAGGAGCUCCAGCCAGCUGCUGGCUCAGGCCCAUCAUUUACAACCCAUGAUGUUUCUGUACUAGCCCAUGAUCUAGCUUUUGGUUUGCUAUGGUAUACUUCUGACAAAAUAUUACAGCUUUUA